AUGGCUACUGCCUCGGCAACAACACAACGACAGCAACACGAUAUCGACUCUACGCAACAAAAAUCUGCCCUUCACCUCGCCGAUACCUCCAUGGAACUGGUCACAGAGUCCUCGACCUCAGUCCCUGAAGGCUACCUCUCCGAAGAAGAACGUUCCAACCUCAUGGAUAAAAUCUACAAUAACCUGCUGGACGGCGCACGGAUAGACAUCCUCUCUAAACUCCCCUACGAGAUGGCCACCCAUGUCCUCCACUUUAUCGACAUGCCCAACCUGGCCAAGGUCGCCUCCAUCUCUAAGGCCUGGAAUGUCCUCACAAAAGACAACGCAGUCUGGAAGAACGUAUUUCUUCACCAACGGCAGUGGCGCAUCAGGACCCCCAGUCGAAAGUCGGCCCCCAACACCGCCGCCACCAUUGACCCCGAACAAGCACCAUCGAAGCUGGCAGCAGGUGGGCCAACAGGAGGAGUAUCAACGGGGUCUAUCAUCAAGACUCCACUGGAUUGGAAGGAGCUCUGUCGUAACCGCAAGGCACUCGAAGCGCGAUGGACAACGGUCCCAGCAAAGACAAAGCUCCAUGGCCAUGAUGACAGCGUCUACUGUAUCCAGUUCGACAACACCAAGAUUGUGACAGGAUCAAGGGAUCGGACCAUCAAGUUUUGGGACUUUCAGACCUUGAAAUGCACCGACACCCUCAAGGGCCACUCCCAGUCGGUCCUCUGCCUCCAGUUCAAUGAAAAGAUGAUGGUCUCUGGAUCGUCCGAUAAUACUAUCAUUGUUUGGGACAUGGAGACCCAUCAGCCCAUCUCGCGACUCCACGGCCACUCUGCUGGUGUGCUCGAUGUCUGCUUCGACGACCAAUAUAUCAUCAGUUGCUCCAAGGAUACAACGAUCAAGGUGUGGGAUGUCCGGACGAUGGCUCUCAUCAAGACUAUGACAGGCCACCGUGGACCCGUCAAUGCAGUCCAGCUGCAUCAGGGCCAAGUCGUCUCGGCAUCAGGAGAUGCAUUGGUCAAGCUAUGGGAUGUUGCAUCAGGAGUCUGUAAACGGGACUUUAUUGGACACGAGCGUGGAUUGGCCUGUGUGCAGUUUGACGGCAAGACGAUUGUCUCUGGAUCGAACGACAAGACCAUCCGGAUAUGGGACGUUGCCUCGGGAAGAUGCAUCAAGGUCUUGACAGGACACGAAAAUCUGGUCCGGACGCUGCACUUUGACCAGAACCGGAUUGUGAGCGGGAGCUAUGACUAUACCGUGAAGGUCUGGGACAUGACGACGGGCGAAUGCAUACUAGAUCUUGACAAGGGACAUGUCAGCUGGGUCUUUGAUGUCCAGUUCUCGAGCAGUCGGAUCAUUAGGUAA